AUGAUUCCUCAUGCCAUUUUGGUUGCUUAAAACAGCGGAAAUGUUUUGAUGAUGGGAAUAUAAUAUACUUCGACUGCUAUUUUUAAUCUAUUUGCUACUUAGUUUGAUGAGUUUAGCAUGUUUAGAGUAAAUGUUUACAAUGCUAAUAUGUUAGCACCCUUCAACCCCAUUAUUAGUUAGAUGAGUGAUAAAUUCUAUUUUUUAGUCGGAUGCAUAGAAAGUUUAGAUCCUAGCACUGCUCUAAUGGGAAUGUUUAUAUUUGAUUAGUAAAAUUAUAAAGCCAAUAUACUAUCUAGAAAUGUCAUAGAAUCAUAUAUUCAAAGAAAAUUUGAAUGUCUUGGAGUAAAAAUAUUCGAAGAAACCGAUAUAAGCCUCGUCUAUUUAGCUACAAAUAGUGUUACUUCUAGUAUUUUUAUUACGAACUUAAAACAAGAUCCUUUUAUUUAUCCAGCUACCUUCAGUGUGUCUGAAUAGUGGCGCUAAAUUAAAAGUGAGUAAAUUAAAGUUUACUAAUUUAAAUAUGUUUCCACGAAAAAUGACUUCUUUUAUCUUGGCUAUUUGAAUGAAUAACCUGGAUAGUAAAGAGCCUUUUUAUCUUAGUUUAAAGGUACAAAUACUUACUACAACAUUUAUAAUGAUUUUGACCCAAGAAGUUAUGGUGAAUUUCUUUAUUCAUCUGAAUUUAGUUCAACACCAACCAUCGAAUGGGGCAAUUUUUCAUCUAAUAAUGAGAGUUUAACAACAACUAUAAUUCAAUUUUAUCAAGAUCUUUUACCUUAUGUUGUACUGUGGAAAAAUUAGACAAUUAAAACAAACAGUUAGAUCAAUGUCUCAAAACUAUCUGUAUAAUAAGUCAGAAUACCCAAAAACUUACCUAAAUAUAUUGAUUGCUAUUUAGGCAAACGGUGUGAAAUAUAUUAUGCUAAAUUUAGUAUUGCAAACUAAUGUAGUGAUGAAAUAACACUUAAUAAGAGUUAUACCACUGAAAUCACUAUCAAUAGUACCUUUUAAUUCUCCAAGUUCAAUUUCUCUGAAUAGAGCACUAUUGUUGCAAAUUUUACAGCCAAAUUUUUGAAACUCUUAAAUAUUGGUCUACACGAGGUGAGGGUUGCCUAUUCAAUAGCAGAUGCAUUAAAUCUAGUAAAUAAAUGGAAUCUUAUGUAAGAUUUCUUCAUUUUGAAUAUAACAAAUACCUGUGCUACUGAAUUCAAUCUGAUAAAAGAUAUUAAGAAUAUAUCGAUUCGACAUGAAAUCUCGAGUGAUAUAAUCUACUAUUCAAUACCAAAAUUAAUGUUAGGACCUGAUCAGGGUUGCUUCAAAUAAACUCUGAGAAUUCUAAGAAACAUCACACUAUAAGAUUAAAAUCUUAUGCUAUUUUGGGAUAAAUUGCAAGAGUUUUAAGUCGGGAUUCUAGCAAAUUCUCCUAAAGAAAUAGGUGAAUAUGAAUUCCUAUUUGAUGUAAUGGUAAAAGCUGACAUUUAACAAUUUUAAUCUAGAUUGUACUAGCCAUACUCCUUUAAAUUUGAAGUUUACAAUGAUGUUGGUUAAUUUUCAAUAAGCAAUAGUGCGCCAUACUUUUUAUCAUCAGUGUUAGAUAUUGAAGCUAAUGUAGGAGUAAUGCAAAUAAUAGAUCUUCCAAAUAUCUGA